AUGCAGGGGAAUAAACAUCUAAACAACCAAAGAAACAACAAGAGCUUUCAAAACUCUCCAGCACUUUUUAAUUGCGAAAGAAGAUGUCAUCCAAAUAACGAAACAGCUAUAGAGAAGCUUCAUUUCGAGGCAAAGAGAGAGGUAAACCUCGGAGCGGAUCUGUCGGGCGUCGAGCGAGAGGAGGACCCGGCGGCAAGGGCAGCAAAGGUGGCUUUGCGGGGAGGGCAACGCAGGCGAGGCGCUGCAGCGGGGGCUCGGUGGGGCGCGGCGACGCGAUCGGUCGACGCAGAUCGGCUCAGCGGUGGCUUCGACGGGCUCUUUGGUAUCGCGGCUGGUGAGGGCGGCAAGGAUCGACGCGGCUUCGGGCUGGUGUCGGCGAGCGGAGCGAGGGGCGUCGUUCGGGCGGCGGUAGAUCGGCGGGGAGAUUUGCGGACGCGAGAUUUGCGGGUUAGGGGCGUCGGCGAGGCAACGGCGGCGGGUGGAAUGAGGCGAUCGAACGGAGGCGGCGUCGGUGCUCGUGCGAGCUCGGCGGGGUCGGCGGCCGCGGGCAAAACCCGGUGGAGCUCGGCGGGGUCGGCGGCUCGGCGGAGCUUCGGAUGA